UCCCGCUAAUUAUACAUGUAUGCAUCCAAACUUUGCCUCAAAUUCUGCUCUACUUUUUGUCCAAGCUUUCUAACAUAAAGAUGGCGCCGAUUUCUUCUGCCAUGUGAAACAAAUCGACUUCUGCCACCUUUCUUGUCACUGUUCGUUCUACAUCUUCUUAAGCAAAUUCAUGAAUCAAAUUAAUUAAAGCCACGAUCUGUAGAAGCGAAGUGAAAAUGAACUCGGAAAGCAAAAGAAAGUUUCAUCAGUAUGUUGAGGUGGAGGAAGUAGGGCAACUUAAGAAACGAGUAGCACAUCUGGAAGAAGAGACACACGUGAUGAUGCAAGAAAUGUCCCGAAACACAGCAGAAAGGAAGUUAUUGUUGAAGGACAUAUAUCGACAACUGAAACUCAUGCAGUUCUCUUGUCACCAAAAAAACCAAAACAUGGAGUACAAGUUUUGUAAGCAACAGGAAGGAGGGAGGGCAGAUGGAUUGUCUCAAGUUUUAUAUGAAGAUUUGAAUCCAACGGUGGUGAUUAGAGGUGGUUCGACAAUACAUUCAAUGCCGGCUCCAAGUGAGCAUGCAAAAAGUACAAUGUCAAACAUCUUAUGCAUAGAGUAUAAUAACUGAAAGAGCAAUAGAUGAGAACAUUUUAUCACUUGUGUAAUGUUUGAUAGGGUAGAAUCUAGGAAAGAAAGGAAAGGAUUGGUUCGUUACAUUAUAAUAUUGAAAAACAAUAUGUUUGGUUGUCUUAUGUUAUUUCUUCCAUUUUGUCAAGGGAUGUGUUUCUGGCUAUACUAUUCUUUAUCAACAUCUUUC